AUGCUUAGCUGUAGCGAGGGCAUGCUUGUUUACUUGUAUGGAUUAGGUUCAAAGGCCCUAUAUGUAGCGAGGGCACAGAAGAAAGCGGAAUGCGAGCAGAAAUUGCGUAAUCAGUUCGAAGAACGACGAAAGGAGCAGAUCAUGAAAUAUAAAGCUUCAAAUGUUUAUGUGAAGAACAUUGAUGAAGAUGUCACCGAUGAUGAGCUGAGAGACCUUUUCAGUCUGUGUGGUACAAUUACUUCUGCAAAACUUAUGCGAGAUGACAAAGGAAUAAACAAGGGGUUCGGAUUUGUCUGUUUCCAUACUCCGGAGGAGGCUGCUAAAGCUGUUGGCACGUUCCAUGGAUAUAUGUUUUACCGGAAGCCUCUGUAUGUUGCAAUUGCUCAAAGGAAGGAGGAUAGACGAGCACAAUUGCAACUUCAGUAUGCACAUCGUAUGGCUGAAUUAGCAGGGCCUUCCACAGCUAUUCUCCCUGGAGGAUAUCCUCCACUUUUCUACACAUCUCCGACUGGCAUCGUUUCACAAAUGUACCAACCUUUAGGUUUAAGGACAGGAUGGAGGGGUAAUGGCUUGGCACCACCAGCCAGACCAGUCUUUCAACCAUCACAGCCCUGGUUUCCUACUGUUCCAAGCCAAAUGAGGCCAAACUGGGGUCGGAUGAAUGGCCACGCUCUUAUGCAGGGCGGUUCUCACCCCGUCACAUACGUGCCACGAUCGCAGCAGCCGACUCGGACGGUGAAUUCUUCAAAAGACCAACAAGUUGUUUUUUCUUUCCCUCUCAAGUUGUUUUUUCUUUCCCUCUCUCCACCCCUUUCAUAUAGAUUCACUGUUAUAUAUUUAUGUAUUUUGCAGCAGACUGGAGAAGCUAAAUAUGCAUGGAGUCGAGCUUGUGAGUUGAACAAAGGCUCCGGUGCGACACCAGCUGGUUCGAAUUCCGUUGCUUUGACACAAGGGACUAAGAUGCUGAGUAGCAUGCUUUCCGCGGCUUCACCUGAGCAGCAAAAAACAAUACUUGGGGAACGACUUUGUCCCCUUAUUCAGAAGCACCGGCUUGAACAGGUUCCAAAGAUCACUGGAAUGCUAUUAGAGAUGGACAACUCUGAACUGCUACUUCCAUUAGAAUCCCCGGAAUCAUCGGCAGCCAAAGUGGAGGAAGCCGCGGAGGUUCUCAAGCUCUCAAAUGCAAAAGUAGAUGCGCUUCAUCCCAAUUUCCUUUCUGCAGGAGUUGCUGUCAAUUGA